AGACAAAAAUAGCACUACAGCUUUCUCUCUAUAAAACAAUGUCAAAGUUAGCGAAUGUACCUUAAAUAGUCAGUGUGAAUAAGGAAACUAUGAUUUAUACAUUAAAAUGAAGCAAUUUUAUAAUUGAUCAUCUAACAGCCUAGAAUAUAGGAAAGCACAUUCUGCUUUCAUUUUCGUUUCUUUUCUCGUUCAAAUCUCGCGUGAUAUUUCUGCCAUUUUGGUGUCCUUCUCAAAAUCAAGAUUUGUGUACAAAAUAUGCUUUAAUAUGGUAAUUACAAGCGAUACAUGGCUGCCAAGCCACGAGGAGCUGACGGUACCUGAGUUGGAACUAUCAUCUGGCGUUCUGAGAGCUGGUGCACAUCAUUUUGGCAAAUAUUGCGACUUUCAAAGCAAGGAAUUUAUGUUAUGUUGGCGUGAGGAGAAAGAUCCCAGGAAAUGUAUCAACGAGGGCAAAGAAGUCACAAAUUGUGGUUUUGAGUUUUUCGGAGAGGUGAAGAAGCAUUGUAUGGAUUCUUUCACUAAGUACUGGAACUGCAUUGACAAUGCUGGAACACGCAUGCAUUAUGAUAGGUGCAGGGAAACCCAAGCAGCAUUUGACAAAUGUGUGCUAGCCAACUUGAAGCAGGAACGGCCAGAUCUAGGCUACUUCUCCAAGGUCCGAGUUCAUCAUACAAAGAGACCAAAGCCAGUGGAACCAUCACACAAGUACCCUGAGCCUACUCCAGAUAUGCCAGACUUUAAAAAUGAGCCUAUGCCAGAUUCAGUCAAAUAUGGAAAUAGAUUCUUUUUCAAUUAAUGUGUGCUCAUAUUAGGUACUUUAUAAUUUAGAAUAGUGAUUUGUGCAUUAAUAUUACUGGGACAUAUGAAUAGUUAAGAUGUCAGCUACAUACACUAGAUAGACAGCUCCAUGUAUAGAAUAUUCAAAACAUCUUAACAAAAUGCCAAAUAUCCUUGAAAAUAAUUUGAAAAUCAAUAAAUGUUGGCACACAGAACUUCUAACUUAAGUUAUAAUACAAAUAUAAAAAAUAUGCUGUUUGUGUUACUGAUGUGUUAUUAUGUGAAAUAAAAAAUAGAACAAGAUAUUGAAUUUUGAA